CCCACCAUCGUGCCAGUGCCACGCCUCCUCUCGUAUGAGGGAGUGCGGACGAGGAUGCUUGACAUCAUUUUCCAUGAGGUUGUAGCGCUUAUAGCCCCAAAGAAGGUGAAGUGGGCGGAUACCGGAUGCACACUAUUGACACGGACCAGACGAACAAGCCGAUUAUGAACUUUAUCGCAGCAGGGCAGUCAGGGCCGGUCCUCAUUCGAACCAUUGACAUGUCGGAACGAGAGAAGACUCACAUCAGUCUCGCUCAGAUUUGGGAGAGCGUCAUUCACGACGACAUUGGAGUUGAUCGUGUCAAUGCGAUAUGCACUGACAACGCUGAGGUGAUGAAGACAACGGCGAGCGUUCUGCAGUCCCACCCGGACCCCCAGAUUGCACGCAUUCCUUGGAUCCCGUGUGCAGCGCAUUGCUUGAGCUUGCUGCAGAGGGACAUUGCUGUGCAACCUUGGGCGCAACUGAUGAAGCGGGCGCACAAGAUUGUUAAGUUCAUGAGAAACAAACAAAAGGCGCAGACACUUCAUCGCAAGGCUGGGGGUUCGUUGAACCUCAAGCGACCUGCGGACAUGCGCUUCAGGAUUGCUUACAUGAUGUUGGAGAGGUUAUGGGACCAGAGGGAGGUGCUUGAUUCAGUGGUUUCAUCUGAUGCUUGGAAACGACUGCGGUGGGCAGGGGAUGCACGGGUGAACGAGCCAGAGGUGCGCAGGCUAUGCAGAUCUGAUUGGUGGUGGAAGGAGUUGAAGAGGGUAAUGGACGUGAUGGAGCCAUGUUACACUUUCCUCAGGGCCAUGGACCUUGACAGAUCGUCACCCUCAGGAUUGUGGGAUUUGGAGUCCAUCCUCACCAGGAUGAUUGACACUUUGCAACUGCCAGCGGGUGAGAAGGCUGAUGUGAUGGAGAUAGUGGCCGAUAGGCGCGCAAUGAUACGUCAGCCUACCCACGCAGCAGCGUAUCUGCUGGAUCCUCGUCGGCGCGACUUAUCAUUGUUAAUGGAUCGCUCAGCGUCAGUUGUUCAGAGCGCGUUGCACCACUUCGCACGACAUUUGGGGGCACGGUGGAACGCAGAGGAGAUGCAUGGCCGCCGGAUCAUCGACCUAUGGUCCGAUAUGGUGGAGGAUCCCCCUGAGGAGGUGGAUGAUGCCGAUGUCAUCCCACCUGACGAGCAAGAAUGGGAGGUCAUGGACCGAGCCAACCGUCGAAAGGACGGUCGUGGUCGGGUGACUUCUGGAGGAGGGGUAAAUGAUGACGGUCUUGGUAUGGAGGUCUGGCAGGAUGUGGUGUGGAUGCACCGCGAGAUGAUGGAGCAGUCGCAGGGGGAAAGGAACAAAGGGAAAGCGCUUGCAGAGGAGCAGCAUGACCUUCUGGACGAGUGGGCGGAGUUGGACCCUCACAGGAACUUUAACGGCAACAUGGAUGGUAGUUUGCAGACGGUGAGAGAUCUCCGGGCGAGGGUGGGAGGUCAUGUAGAUAUGGAGGGUCUAUUGGCCAGAGAUGCUGCGGAGGACAAGGAGGAGCACCGCCAUGAGGACGUGAUCACAUCGUCUCGCGGGAUGGAGACAUGAGGCGCCUCGAGUUCACAGUGUCCCGCCACUUCAGACUGUGAGGUUAUUCCUGAGCGUUCCCAUGGUUGCGACGUGG